AUGCAGCCCCGGCCCCACGGCGCCCCGUGCCCCACAGCCCUGCUCUACCUCUUCGUGCUGCACGACCACGACCGGAGCGGGCGCCUGGACGGGCUGGAGCUGCUGCAGCUGCUGGGCACGGUGCUGGCGCAGCGGGACGGGGGGCGGCCGGACCCCGACGUGGUAGGUCCCACGGGGACGGCCCUGGCACCCCACGGAGCCCCCGGGCCGGGCCCUCACCCCGUCCCCACUCUGUCCCCACAGGUGGCCGCGCUGGUGGACCGAGCCCUGGAGCAGCAGGACCUGAGUGGGGACGGGCUGCUCGACCCCCCCGAGCUGCUGCUCUCGCCCGGCCGGGGCCAGGGACCCCCGGGGCAGCCCCUCCUGCAGCCACCCGGGGAGCCGCUGGCAGGGGCCGGGGCUGUGCCCGGGGGGCACGCGGAGGUGAGCGGCCCAGUGCAAGGCCUGGCAGAGGGGCAGGCAGCCCCCCAGGCUGGAGCCAUUGAGGCAGAGGAAGCCCCCGAGGGAGAAGCCCCCGAUGUUGGAGCCAUGGAGGCAGAGGAAGCCCCCCCAGGCUGA